AUGACUGGAUACGGCGUUGGCAUUGCAUUCCUCAUCAGAGAAUACCCUGGCCUUGCCAUCAACAUCUCGGCACUGUCGCUGGUCUCACUGGUACUGUCCCUCCUGCUGGUCUUCCGCACAAACUCAGCCUACGAUCGCUACUGGGAGGGCAGAAAGACCUGGCAGGAUCUCAAGGUCAACUCGCGCAACCUCAUCCGCUCGUACUGGGUCUGCGUCAUGGAAAAAUCCAUUGAGGACAGCGUGGUGAAGCGCCAGGCCAUGAAGAAUGUCGCCGCAUUCAUCAUCUCCAUCAAGCACUACUUACGCGGCGAGGACGGCCUCGAGCAUGCCGACUACGACGGCCUGCUGUCGCCCGAUUUCCGCUUGCACUUUUCUACACGCAGCGCCGCAUACAACUACGGAGCCAUCCCAGCCUCUGGUAGCAACAGCCCUGAGAUGAUUCUUUACGAGCUGCAAAAGUUUACCGAGCACAUCCAGGACAACCAUCUUGUACAUUUGCAGUUUUACGCCAAUCUUCUUGGUGGUCUCAACACGCUCGGUAAUAUGCUCGGCAACUGCGAGCGCAUUGUCUCGACCCCCAUUCCAUUGGCAUAUCGCAUCCACCUGCACCACGCUCUGUACCUGUACCUGCUCAUUCUGCCGUGGGCUCUGGGCUCCAUGGGCUUGGCAAAGACCAUUAUCCUUCAGUUUGUUAUCUCAUUCAUGAUGAUUGGCAUCGACUGCAUCUCGCGCGAGAUUCAGAACCCAUUCGGCUACGACGCUAAUGAUCUGCCUCUCGACGCCUACUGCGAAGCCGUACUGGUUGAGCUCAGCUACGCCCUCCACCACCGCGCUCCGAAGGCCCUCGCGACGACUGAGGACACCAUUGCCAGCACGGUUGCAAACGCCAAGGACGCUGGUGACUCUGGCGAUACCGUGUAG